UAAAUUUACAGAAUAUAUAAAUCGGAUCAAAGUACAGAAUCGAUGAAACGUCAUCAUUCUAUUCUGUGAUCAAUAAAUCAGACCUUGUCGUGUAACCACAGAAUAGCAAGUAACCAUAGAUAAUAUUAUUAAUAUUCGUGGGAAGAACUGACCCAACCUCUCAAUCAUGGUAUAAGUAUUCUCUUUGAACAACGAUGUAGAUAAAUCGUAGAUUAUCUACAUUCUACUUCUACAUCGUGCUUUGAACAACAAUAAUAUUAAGAUAAUAUUAUCACAGAUAGAUCUGUGGCCUGUAAUUAUAGACUAUAUAAUUAUUGGUAUACACAGAUAUUAUUAUUUAUUAUUAAAAUGUACAAUAAAUUAUUUUACUCCUGAUCGUGAAUUUGUCACAAUCGCAUUAUUCAGUUAUUCACUCAACUUCAGUGUCGUACUGUCGUGAACUCGUGAUCAGUGAUUACUAAAUAAUACAAUAACAAUUAUCAAUACAAUUACACUAGUUUGUGUUACAGAUCAUUUAUUUUAAAAAUGAGAAGAAAACCAAAUAUUCUAAUUACUGGUACACCUGGUGUGGGAAAAUCAAAACUGUGCGAAGAAUUAAUUCGUAAUGGAUUAGAUAUGGAAUGGAUUGAAGUUGGUCAAGUGGCUAAGCAGUGUAAUUGUUAUUCUGGAUACGAUGAAGAAUUGGAAUGCCAUAUCCUUAAUGAAGACAAAGUGUUGGACGAGUUAGAAUCAAGAAUGGAAGAAGGAGGUAAAAUAAUUGAUUACCAUGGCUGUGAUUUCUUUCCCGAACGAUGGUUUGAUGUAGUAUUUGUUUUGAGAACUAAUAACACAUUAUUGUAUGAUCGGCUUGAAAAAAGAGGAUAUUCAACUAAAAAGCUUCAAAAUAAUGUAGAAUGUGAAAUAUUCCAAACUUUACUUGAAGAGGCAAUGGAAUCAUAUGAUAACAAUAUUGUACACGAGUUACGCAAUGAAACCUAUGCAGAUAUGGAACGCAAUAUCACUCAUAUAGGUGCUUGGGUAAACCAGUGGAUUAAAGACAAUGUUAACAAAUAGAAUUAAGUAUAUUAAUUGUACACUUGUACAUCCCAAAAAGUAAAACUUUUUUUUAUUUAACAUAACUCAAACUGUUACUUGAUAAAUAAUUUAAUUUUGAUAUUUUCUUUAAUUCUUGUUAUUACAUUUUGUUAAAAUUGAAAAAAAAAAUCAAUAACGAACAUUUUUAUAUUAUUUAGUAACUAAAAUAUUGUGUUGAUUAAAAGAAUAAAUAAAUUUGAAAUAAAAUAAAAUAAAUUGUUUUUAUCACAUAGCCAUAUUAUUAUACUAUAUAAGUAUAGGGAAUGGCUAUACUUGUUAUACUUUAACUUUACUUAUUGCAUUUGUAUAAUAAUAUGCUGUUGAAAUAACCGAAUCGGGAUUACUGACAAUCGUUGGUAGUCACAAUAACUGAAAAGUACCAAAUAAUAUGUCUGUAUGUUUAUAAAAACUAAUACUUC